UAAAACACAAAAAGAUCUGAAUGUUUGUCCCACAUACUUGUCUAAAUCCAACCACUGAAUUAAUUUCCAGGAUAAACCAAGAGGAGAAAAUUAAAGGAAGAAAAAAAAGUAGCUCCAAAACACAAAUGGCAGAUGCUAUUGUUUCAGAAGUGGUUGGGAGAAUUGCAACUAUAUUAGAAGAUAAGAUUCGGUAUGAAGUCAAUUUGGUGAGAGGCGUGAAGGACGAACUUCUUUAUCUUUCCAAGAAGCUCAAGACGAUCCAAAAGGUGUUGGAUGAUGCAGAAAAGAGAGGAGUGAAAGAUGAAAGUGUCAAAAGUUGGUUGAAGAAGCUCGAAGCUACUGCUUAUGAGAUGGAGGAUAUUUUGGAUGAAUGGAGCUAUUCUCUUCUCAGAGAUAAGAGGGAAGGUUCGGCUGAGCCUGAGCCUAAGCAAAAGAUAGGGUGUUCCUUCAUCAGAUCUUCUUGUUUAUCUUUCAAGAAAGUUUCUGUCCGUCGUGAUAUUGCCAAGAAAAUAGAAAAUGUGAAAGCUAUGCUUGAACAGAUUUACAAGGAGAGAUCUGAAUUUAAUUUUGUCAUCUCUCCGCCUACAACUGAUCCUGUGCCCACACCUUGGCGAGUGCAAUCCACACAUUUUGUUGACAUGACGAAAGUUCAUGGGGAGGAUAUACAUAAGAAAAAAGAAGACAUAGUGAGCAAACUAAUGCUUAAUGAUGGUCAUACCCAAAUCUUGUCUAUUGUUGGAACCGGGGGACUUGGCAAAACAACUCUUGCCAAACUUGUUUAUAAUGAUACUCAAGUGAAGGAUUGUUAUGAAUUAAGAAUAUGGAUUUGUGUUUCUGAUCCAUUUGACGUGUCUGGGAUUGCAAAAGGAAUUGUUAACAAAGUUGGAACAGAAUCGAUUCCUCCGGAUUCCAACCAAUUGGAACUAGUAUUAGAAAAGCUAGGAGCAUCCAUUUCAGGAAAAAAGUUUUUUCUUGUGCUGGAUGAUGUUUGGACAGAAGACAACACCGAGUGGGAGCCUCUGAAAAUCAGUCUCCAAUGUGGUGCAGCAGAUAGUAAAAUUUUGGUGACAACGAGAAAGGAAACUGUAGCUAAGAUGGUCGGUACCUUAAACGAUGAUAUGUAUCACCCAAAUAAGCUUAGUGAAGAAGAAUGUUGGUCAUUAUUGCGUGACACAUCUCUUCCAGGAAAGAGUGAGAAGGAAUGUGGAAAGUUUGAGGAUGUUGGCAAGAAAAUAGCUAGCAAGUGCAAUGGAUUGCCUCUCGCUGCAGUUGUUUUGGGAAAACAUUUGCAGUUUAAGGAUUUGGAAGGGUGGAAACAUGUAGAGAAGAGUGAAAUAUGGCAAUUGGAGAAUGCCACAGUAGAACUUUUUCCUCAUUUGGUUUUAAGCUACAAUGAAUUGUCCCCGGCUCUUAAGCGUUGUUUUUCAUAUUGUGCCGUCUAUCCUAAAGAUCACAAAAUUCAUGCAGAGACUCUGAUAGAAGAGUGGAUGGCGCAAGGUUAUCUGGGCUCUGUUAGUGGAAACGGCGCAGUGGAAGUCAAAGGGCGGGAGUGCUUGAACAAUUUAGCAAUGCGUUCAUUGUUUCAAGACAUUGAGAAAAGUGAGUCGGGGGAGCAGAUAGAAUGGUGUAAAAUGCAUGAUAUAGUACAUGAUUUUGCUCUAUUUCUUAGGAAGAAUGAUGACAAGGAGAGAAGUUGUCAAGUUUGUGAUUCUUCAUUGGUUUCUCAUGUCCAAGAAUAUCGGAGUCUACCUCCUAUUGAUAUAAGAGACACAAAUUUUGAAGUUUGUGAUUGCAUGAAAAGCCUUAGGGUGUUAAUAGUUGACAGAUUUCCAGUAAGAAUGGAAACGUUGAUUCACUUGAGAUGGUUGGAUUGUAGUUAUAUUACAUUGUCAAAGGAUGGCCUUGAAAUCAUAUGCAGGCUUUAUUUCUUGCAAACUCUUCUCUUAUCAUGGUGCAAGCUAACAGAGAUUCCACGAGAAAUUGGGAAUUUGGAUCAGUUAAGACGACUUGACUUAAGUAAGAAUGAAGAAUUAAAGCGGUUACCGGAUAGCAUGUGUAAAUUGGUUGAAUUGCGAUCUCUUUUCCUAACAAGUUGCUCCUUAGAAGUGAUUCCACAACAAAUAGGGAAUUUGGUUCAGUUAAGACAACUUUAUUUAAGUGUGAAUAGAGACUUAAAGGAGUUACCAGAGAGCAUGGGCCGUUUGGUUGAAUUGCGAACUCUUUCCUUAGCAUACUGCAGUCUAGAAGAGAUUGGGAGAGAAAUUGGGAAUUUGGUGCAGUUAAGAGAACUUGACUUAAGUGGUAAUAGAGAAUUAAAGGAGUUACCAGAGAGCAUAUAUAGUUUGGUUGAAUUGCGAACUCUUUCCUUAGCAAACUGCAGUCUAAAAGAGAUUCCGAGAGAAAUUGGGAAUUUGGCCCAGUUAAGACUACUCAACUUAAACAUGAACAUGGAAUUAACAGAAAUACCAGAGAGCAUCUAUAAUUUGGUUGAGUUAAGACAUCUUGACUUGAGUUGGAAUUGGAGAAUAGUGGAGUUACCAGAGAGCAUUUGUAGUUUGGUUGAACUGCAAAUCUUGAAGAUUAAAGACACUCCUAUCAACUGCCUGCCUGAAGCAUUAGGUGAGUUAAGUAAUCUUCGAACACUGAAACUGUGUCCAUUCAAAGUAGGAAGUGAAUACAACAAGUUGGGUUUUCUGAAAAAGUUACACCGUUAUCUUAUUGGAUCUCUGAAGCUGAAAAUCUACUGUAGUAGUAUGGGUGAAAUGGAGGAAUUGGUUGAGGAUGCUCGACGAGCACAAUUAAAGACGCUCCUUCAAAAACUCGAAACACUUGAAAUAUCUUUCGAGGAUGCGAUGAAUGAAAUGGAGCAGUCAUUAUCAUCAUCAAUGUGGAUGGAGGUAGUAGAAGCUCUCGUGCCCCAUUACAAGUUGAAUGAAUUGGUAAUCAGGGGAUAUAAGGGCUCAAGGCUUCCGGAGUUUAUGUCAUCACCCCUCAACUUUAUAAAAGAGAUUCGUCUGACUUUUUUGAGUGAGGUGUCAUCAUUGCCGGCUAUGGGGAAACUACCUUUCUUGGAAAUUCUCAAAUUUGGAAAGUGGAGCAAUUGAUGUUUGUUGGACGG